AUGGCUAGAGAAGAUCAUCACGAGAGUGCUACAGCAGCUGAAAAGCUCGCUCUCAUCAAGAGUCCUCUUAUAUCUUCCGACUCUAGCAUCGAUGGUCUUCCCACGAGGACCCCUACUGCUCCUGAUCUGAGCCUCUUUGGUAACAGAUACGACGAUGACUGUCCACAGUUCCAAAAGCACGAAGAUGCCAGUCUACUCGAGCUUUUCUACGAUCUCUUCUUCGCCGCCAACUACACUGUCUUUUGCGAAACACAAGGUGUCAACAGUCACGAGCGUUUCAAAGCCUAUGUCGGAUACUUCAGGUAG